UCUCCUUGUGCUUUCAGGUCCCACGAGAACGGCGUUCUUGAGGGAUUUGGCAAGAAUUGGGUGAGGAGUGUGAUUCCCGUAGCAAUGCCCCAUCAACUCUCACCUUUGAAAAUAUGGCAGGUGUGUUUAUGCUGGUGGCUGGAGGUAUUGUUGCCGGGAUAUUUUUAAUAUUCAUAGAAAUAGCUUACAAAAGGCAUAAGGACGCGCGGAGGAAGCAGAUGCAGCUGGCGUUUGCAGCCGUUAAUGUGUGGAGGAAAAACCUGCAGGAUAGAAAAAGUGGUAGAGCAGAACCUGACCCUAAAAAGAAAGCCACUUUUAGGUCCAUCACCUCCACCCUGGCCUCCAGCUUCAAGAGACGUAGGUCCUCCAAGGAUACGCCCUGCAGAAUGGUCCCUCAGGAGUGCCAGAGAGACAGGCUGGCACCAUGGAGCCAAGACAGCCCUGGGAAGCUACCGCCCCACUCUGAACGUCCUAGCGCCCACCAUCACCCGAGCUGCACAGCCUCUCCGCGGCACAUCAUCCCCACCGCCCCAGGAGGAGAUGCAUGUGUUCCCCAUAGGCAGCUCCUGCAACUCGAAUAGCACUCGCAGAGCUGACGUACUGCCAUCCAUCGCAGCCACCCACGAUACUGCAACCCCACAGAAGCCAUGUGAGACGCAUAAACCACACAGACACCUUCCGAGCCGGCACAUUUCGUACAGACACGUAACGAGGCGCACAGAUCCCUUAGACCCCUCCCCACCGCAGCCGUCAUCAGCCCCCGCAGAGCCACCAUGUCAGCCCACGGGCGUCCCCCCUCCAGACACAGCAUGACACACGUCCCACGUCACCGCCAAGCGAGGGCCCGGCGCUGCGAGGCGAUGCUCGCCCUGCGGCCACGGGGAUGGUGCCAGACCUGGUGGAGAACCAGGGGGUUGAUGGAAAAGGUCACCUUUUCAGUGAAGGAUCAGCCAUCCCGAAGCCAAACACUUCUUGGCUGAAAAAGAACCUAGUUUUUGGCCCAAAACAAACAAAUGUAGGUCGAAGACAACUAAUUUUUUUUUUUUUUAAAGGAAAGCUGACAUUUUCUACAGCAAGAUUGCAUUUAGCUGGAAUCUUAAUUUUUAAUUGAAAAAAAAAAAAGAAAACCAAAAUUCUUCCAGAAAAUCUUCCACCAGCCAGGGACUACCAUAUGAGCCCAGAUUAGGUUGAAGUCAUUUUUAAAGACAUAUUAAGUUCUUGUCUAUAUUUUCUUCCUGGUUGUCAUUUAAAGUUUUUGGUGCCUUCACUUCACUUCCAUACCUUAACAUGUUUGAGUCUCUUCUACAGUUAAUAUUGAUUAAUUUCUUGGCUUUAUAAUGUUUGGUUUGGGGAUAAUUGCACCAUCCCUGUAACAUAAUUUGCCCUAAAUUACUGAUAUGUGCUUCUAGCAUUAGUUUAACAUAGUUUUGAUAUGACAAUUUUCUUGUUUUUUUUUUUCUUUUCUUUUCUUUUUUUUUUAAUUUUUAUUAUUAAAAAUUGCAUGCAUGAACUCUACACAAAAAAAGUAAAUGAGAAUGUUACCCUGUGAUAACUCUGUGAUUGGAGGAGAUAUGCUUUCAAAUCAAAA